AAAAUUACUGCGAAAGCAGCAACGAGUUGUAGUGUUGGACUCAAAUCUGGUGCGAGAGUUGGGAUUUCUUCCGCGACUACACUUCCGGUGUCUUCACCGUUUUGGCUCAGACCCUGACACUUCACCUGAGCCUCAAAUCAUCUUCAGCCACUUGUUCUUCAUCAACCUAUCGCCGAUCCUGUCACCAAUUUUGUGAUCUGGAUAUGUAUAACCUUAGAAAGUGAGAGAUUAGAGUAUAAGGGAAGAGGAAUGGAGGCACAAAAGUAUGUGUGGGGAGGUGCAAUUCCUCUGCAGAUACAUCUACAUGAGUCCGAAGUGACGACUCUUCCUCCUCCUCCUCCAGCCCUUAUCAUAGCUCCACGCAUUGGCUACUUGCCUUUGCUUAUUCCUCUUAUAAAGCCUCACUUUGCUGCUGCUCUUCCUCCUGGGGUCGACACCGUUUGGUUUGACUAUAAGGGCUUGCCUCUCAAGUGGUAUAUACCGACAGGAGUUCUCUUUGAUCUUCUGUGUGCUGAACCGGAAAGGCCUUGGAAUUUGACGGUUCACUUCAGAGGAUAUCCAAAUAGUUUAUUGAUUCCUUGUGAAGGUGAAGAAUCUGUAAAGUGGAGCUUUAUUAAUUCAUUGAAAGAGGCAGAUUACAUAAUUAGUGGAAAUUGCAAGAAUGUUAUGCACAUGUCUCAAAUUGAUCAGGUGGUACUCUGGCACUCUGUGAUGAAUGGUAAUUUGGAAGAGUACAUACGCACGUCAUCUAAGCUUAAAAUUGGUAUAAUUGAGGAUGACUAUACAUUGAAAACAGAUUUGUGCUCACAAAAAUCUCGAAAGACCACUGGUGAGGCGGCAGAAAGUGGGCAAACAAAGGCAGGUAAAAUUCCUGUUCGAUUGUACAUCUGCACUGUUAGUGAGGAUUUUGAAGAUAUGCCUACAUUUGAUAGUUGGGACCAAAUUUCUUAUAUAAACCGGCCUAUUGAGUUCCGCAAAGAAGAAGGUAGAUGUUUCACCCUGCGUGAUGCACUGAAACGUUUAAUGCCAGAAUUUUUGGUGGAUAAUGAGGAACCAUUUAGAAUAGAAGGUGAAGAUGAACAAAUACACGUAGUUUCGUCAGAAGAUUUGAGCAGCAACAGAAUGGCAACGGAGGAAAGAGUGGAGCCUCCCUGCACAUCUGGUGCUGCUGGAAUUAAACUUGUCCGCAUUCAAGGGAUUCAACCAAAACUUGAGAUACCCUUUUCUUGGGUAGUUAAUAAUCUGAAGAAUCCUGAGUACUUUCUUCAUAUUUGUGUGUAUCUCAAAUUUCCACGAGCUAUUUCUUUUGACAGGUAGCAUUAUUUUUAAAAAAGAGAGGAAAAAGAAAAAAAUUUGUAGGGGCAGCUGGACAAAAAUUUGCGAUUUUAACACGUUCUUUCACUGUAAAAAAUUGUACAGCACAGUUGAGUAGAUUACCUUUUUUUUCC